AUGUACGUCUUUACCAAGAGAUUGGUUUCAUCAGCGGCAAUUCCAGGAGUCACAACCAGUACAUUUCAGCUAACGUCACAAGAAAAGCAAUAUCUUAUAAAUGAUCCAAAAGUUACCCAUAAAGUAAUAUUUACCAUUGUACAUGGCACUGCACCAAACACCAGAUAUUUGGGCAAGUUGACCUUGGCGCUAUUUGGAGAGACUGUGCCUACAACAGUUGAUAAUUUCUACCAAUUAUCAGCAAUGACACAAGGUUUUGGUUACAAGGACUGCAAGUUUCAUCGCAUCAUUAACAAUUUCAUGAUACAAGGAGGAGAUUAUGAUGGUCAAGGCGGCAAUUCGAUAUAUGGCAAAAGCUUUAACGACGAAAACUUUAUACUCAAACAUGAUAAAUUGGGCAGGUUAUCCAUGGCUAAUUCUGGAUCGAACACCAACGGCGCUCAAUUUUUUAUAUUGAAUGUUGACGAGACGCCACAUCUAGAUGGUCAUCAUGUCGUAUUUGGACAAUUGGUUGAUGGAUUUGAAACUUUGCAAAAGAUCAGUACCGUUGAUGUUGUAGAGACCAAACCUAUUGAGCCGGUAUACAUAAGUAACAUUGAAAUUGCUGUUUCCGAUAAAGAUUUACAAGAAGCUGAGGAAAAAGCAGAGCAAUUGAAAGCAGAAAAGCCAAAGUCGCAAGCUGACUCGAAAAUUGAAGCAGAAAUUAGUCAAUUAAGUUUCAUAUACCCUUUCUUAUCUAUCAUGUCGAAAAACGAGUUUCCUAUAGUAUGUGUCAAAAAUCUAUCAUUUGGAGCAUCAAACAAGUCCAUCUACGAAUAUUUUGCACAGUAUGGAAGUAUUUACCAAAUUCGUACCAAUCCGCUACAACAGGGACAAAUUUUUGUAAUUUAUGGUAGAGUAGCUGAUGCCCAGCGAGCUGCAAAGGAAUCUAAUGGAGUUAAUUUCAAUGGAAGAUUUUUAGUAACCACGACGUAUCAGGUGAAUCGAAGCAACUUAGAUGAGGGGACAAUGGUACUAAAUGAACAGCAGUUGAAUGAGUUGAGACAAUUACAUGGAGAAAGUCGGAUAUAG